GCGCUCUUUGUUCGCAAUCAGGUUCGGGGGUCCUGCCCCGUCAUGCGCCAUUGCGGGAGCACAGCGAGCACAGGAGCGUGCAGAUGGCGGCCACGGAUGACGAAAAUCAUCGUGGGUAAAUCGACCUUGACCUUUGGCCCCUCUUAUGGGAUUAUGGGUAAUUCGUUCGGCCAGGAUCCUCUAAGACUCCGCCAGUCUCCUUCAACUUGUAUUUAAGGCGGGAGGGCCGUUCCAUGGUUCAGUGUACCCGCUUCCGUCCAUGGGUCGGAAGAAACUCUCCAGCUUAACUCGGGGCAUUCAGCGUUAAUGAGUGAGGCUUGUGGAAAAUCCACCAGGCCACGACGGGAUUUACACAUCUGCAACUUUCCCAAUUCUCUUGCCCCCCAUCAUUGAUGCCCAAUUUUUUCUGUUGUUGGUCGUCAAUUUUCGUCGGUCGUCUGGUCUGCUUUCUAGUCUACCCUUUGUUGGCCUCGAUCGGUGAUGGCUCCCCCUACGAGCCAAUUCCACAGGCUUUCUAUCGGUCAGAGUAUGCCUGAAGCUCGGGCCCAAUCGUCACGGUCCGCUCGUGUGGCGGGGCGGCCUGAUCCUGCCGACAACGACGAGGGUGAUUGUGGGAAUCAAGGGGAUGACAAUUCUCCUGCAGAGAGCUCGAGUGAGGAGGAUGAGGACAAGGAUGAGGAUGAAGAAGACGAGGAGAGCAGCGAGGAAGAGUCUACUCGCGCGUCCACCGUCCGAACGCGAUCUGGGGUCACUUAUGAUCUGAGCCAGCUAGAUACCGAGUCCGAGGCCAAAGCUUUGGUGGGUUUAACGGGUCAAUUCGAAGUUGUCAAUUGCGGUGCCUCGUCCUCGGGCUAUGAGUUCCAGCUCCUUGAUCGACCCCGAGUUCACAUUGGUCCCGGUCCGCCUACUUGUACUUGCACGACCUUCCAAACCCAGCCGGGCAUGGCCUGUCACCACAUCUUCUGGCUCCUCGAUCAGCUCCAUGGCUGCUUCCUCACUGAUCCUGCCUCGACGGAGUUAGCUCUAUCCCACGAUGGCCGGCCCCGUGUACGUCCGCGUAUUGAGGACCUCCUCAACGGUCAGCUAGAAGCGGUAGCAGACCGGCUCAACUGGCCGUAUCUUCGGGUUGAGGGCGAUGGGAGAACCACAGGUAUGACGCGUGCCGAGAAGGUACGAGACGUUCUCUCUGCUUUCAGUUCAAAGGUCUUGCCCGAGGAUUUCCGCCGGGACUUGGUCGAAACGACAGCGCAGACACGGACUCCGGAACAAUGCGUGGUUCAGGGUGACUUCGAGGCGACGAUCUUCCGGCUUGCGGUUCACGACGACAGCGUUUUCACGAGCAUGUGCAAGGCCAUGCCUUCCGGUGCAUGUGCGGCGAUCUACUUUGACAAGGUUCAGGAGCAGUUGCGCCGGCUAUUGGCCGAUUUCGACCGCUACUGUGCGACGGGGGAGCGGCCUGCCGACUCGAGCAGUCCUGGCAGAGGGCGACUAGAGGUAGAUGAAGUCGUUCAACAGCUACGCUACUCGGUUUCUCGAAUCCACGCGAACAUUGCCCUCCGCGCGCCGUACGGUUCCGAAGGUGCUGCGAAGGCACUCGUCUCUAUUCUCGAAGCGAUUGCCGCGCGUAACAAGGAUGCUUUGGAGGGUAAUGCCUGGGGCCGAGCUUCCUUCCACGGGGAGGAUGAGGAUCAGCGCAAUCUCUACCACUUACUCAUUGGCUCUGAUGAUAUGGAUUUGGAUCCUGAGGCGGAGCUGUUCGUGAUCGAUGCGUUGUAUGCCCUCCCCCUGAGCGAUCUUGCACAAUACAUCCCCAAGCUGCUGGAAAUUCGGAGCAAAAUCGAGGUCAAUCGUGCGCCGAAGCAGUUUCUUAUUCGGCUGGGGGCUUUAAUCCGACAAGCUGAGUCGGCGGCAGCAGCAUCAGCAUCGGGUCAGAUGGGCUCUGGACAAAAGCGACCAGCAGCUGGUAACUCGGGCGGCUAUCCGAAGCGAAGUCGCUAG